GCAAGCGCACACUUCUUUUAAAACAGGUAGCACGCGCCGUCGCGGAUAAUCCUUUUUAUUUUCGUGUCCGUGUAGACCGCAUUCAAUUACGUGUACGCGAGUGACAGUCGACAAACGUGUAAUGUCCACUGACUGACAGCCCUUCGUGUGACACACGAAUCGAGAGUACGAGACCGGACGAAGAGGAUUCGCGAAGUUUCACCGACCUCGAGUUUCUCAUCCGUGAACGGUGCACUCGUUUCGCACGCGGGCUCCUGCCUGCGCCCCCCUUGCGCAGUAAUUAUGACAGUUCGUUCGAUCUGCGCAUGUAUCGAAUCCGCGCCCUCCAAGGGCUAACUUAACGCCGUACGAAAUUGAAAUGCGCGGGAGUGACGCGCGCAUCGUAACGAAUUCGUGUCUCGUAACCGUUUCUUCGUCUGUCCGUAACCGUAUUUACCUGGAUUUGAAUAAUAUGCGAGGAUCGACGUCCGGUACACGAUUCCGGCAUUCGAACUUCCCGCUUCGAGCGCUCGAUAAUUUCGAGCUUUCGUUUUCAAAGCGUCGACUCUCGCGGUUUGUAAAAAUGUGAUCGAACGGCGUGUCCUGUGUGUCGCGCGACGGAUUUUUCGCGGCCGAUAAGCGCAUAUUUCCUCGAUCAAAAUGAUGGUCAAUCGAUCGGUGGUGACGAUGGUGUUGAUGCUGGUCACCUGCGUAAUUGUGUUGGUUCAUACGAAGGACGUGACGACACUGGAGUACGACGACCUUCUUCCGGCGAACGAGACCAACGCCCGGCACCGCGUCAAUACAGAGUCCUCGAUCGGCGAUCAUCGUCAGGGUCGGAUGCCCGCUCAGGCAGAGCUGCCGUCGUCGAAAGCGAAGAGGGAGCAAGCGCUUCGCAGCAUCCUCGCAGCGAGAAGACGGCAGAUCUUCAGCCAGCGACAGAUUGAAUCGCGGAAUCUGAAUCGUACAUCGAGACCCUUCGACGGCUCUGCGAAAGACUCGGACGUUCUCGAGGCUCAAGAGACCAGGCACGAAAUGUACGUAACCGCGUCGGCUGCCGCCAAACAGGACGAUGAGACAACUAGUAGAAUCCUCGUGCCGGAAUCAUCGAGCAGAGACGUGGACAUCGAGUUUUUGUCGAAGGACGUAGGAGCCGAGCAAGCGACCGAGCAAAGUUCAACGAAAUCGAGCAACGAGACCCUCGCUAUAUCCACCAUCGAAGGUAAACCAAUUUCUAGUAACGUGAAAAAAGGUGACCAUUCGAUCGGUCAUAGGAAUGUUUCUUCGACGACCUUGCCAUCAACAGUAAGCAGUCAGAAAGCUUCUGAAACGGACGUUCGCAGGAAGAACAUCGUUUCAAUGCCGGAGUCUCUGUACAAUUAUUUCAGGCCGGUGGAAAGCAACAUACCCAUCGAGGAUAUGUCGCAGUUUCUGUACUUCGGCCAGAAGAUCCAACCUGAAACACAGAACACGACUGGGAAUAAUUCGGUAGAAUCGACGCCGACAGUGCCGACCGCGUCCAGUUCUCGAAGACGGUACUCGAUGAAGAGAUUCAGCGGCACAACGCCGGUGCCGGUGCCCAGGUUGGAGGAGAUCAUCAACGAAGAGAUGAACAUAGCCGUGGAAAGGCAGACCGUCGAGAAGAACAAGGUUUCGAAGAUCAAGAACGCGUUUCGAAGCCCGGAAAACGGGGUUUACUAUCGAAAGAGCAGGCCAACCUCGGAGGGAAUGAUCGUCUCGACGAAUGUGAUCACAGCGAGGGAAACGGGGAAUGGCACGGAGGCUAGAGCCGACUCAUUGGAUAAAUUUCGCGACGAUAACUCGUCCGCUCACGCUGACACGGUGGACCAGCUGCAACGCGAGAGAGGAAAUGCUGCGACCCACGUGGUCGCUGAAACGAGGAAUGCGACCGACUCGACCCAGAUACCGUACGCGCAGCCAGUUUCCGCGAACGUGCGCGAGCACGCCGAAAGUGAAAUCGGCAUCGAAGAGCGUCCCGUGGAUACCAACGAGCCCGAGGCUGUCUCGACGACGUUGAACCGGCUGGAGAACGCGAGGACGUCGAAGGGCUACGCGCGAAGAAGGAAGAACGACAGUUCGUUCUCGAACGAAUCCACGCUCGCGAUACACGAGAAUCCCACGGAGUUGAUGGACACGGAGAUGUACGGAGAGCAAACGGAGAAGAAGAUACGAAGGAUCGACGCGAACGAUCAUCCGGAUGUCUCGAAAGCGGAGGAAGCGCAGGCGGAUCAGGCAUUGGAGACCAGUUCGCGCGAGAGCAACAACAUUGAAAUUUCGACCUCGAAGGACAAGACCGGUCGGCCGACCACCGAGUCGUUUCGAAUCGUUCCGGCGUCCCCUGAAACAUCCACCCUGCGGAUCAUCGUAACCGAAGGUAGUUUGGAGGAGAGUUUCGCGAUCGGUGCAGACGUUGCGGAGAAGUAUACCGUUAAACCGGUCGAUUCCACGGAGGAACGAGUUCGCAGCGUCGCUUCCGGCCAUGUUCCCACUCCAUCGAGCACGAGUCCAUCCACCGGCGCGUCCGCGAUUUCGUCCACGAGCGCGUUUGCUGACGAGCCGGUGUUAGCUCGGUCCAAGUCUCGACAUCGGGAACAGAAGCAGCAGCAACUGGAAGAGGGCAGCCAGGCGGAGCACGAGGGAAAUCAGGAUCCGCAUCGACAUCAGCGGCAGGAACAACAACAAGAACAACAACAACAACAGCAGCAGCAACAGCAACAGCAACAGCAGCAGCAGCAGCAGCAGCAGCAGCAGCAGCAGCACGUGUACGCUUACACGAUAACGAACGUGACGCGGCUAUUGCGCAACUACACCGGACCUGGGUUAAGCAGAGAGGAACAAGGAGGUCCAGAGCGGAGCACCGGUACGACCGAGAUAACGACCGGAUCAGCGCAGCGGCGUCAGCCACCGCCGCCGCUGUCUCUUCUGCUUCCUCGUGCCGGUAGUGGUAUAGAGGCUGGCCGAGCGCCGGCGGAACUCAGUGCCGGCACGACCGUCGAACCAGCCGCAGCUGGUGGAGCGUCCACUGCUCACCUGGUGGGGGAACGACAGAGGAAAGUGGUUGCAGCCGCGACGCCGCAGUCGCAGCAACAACGUGCGGUCAACAGAACGUCGCUGGUGCAGCUGACCAGCGUAAACAACAAGAGUGGGCCGAGGUCAACGAAGCCAACGGAAACGAGCCAUCACCAACGAGGCACCGUCCGCUGGAAUCACACCAGGGUCAGGAACACGGAUUUCGAGGGUUUCAACGGGGACAGGAGGUUCCUCAGGAAGUCGGCCAGCGCGGUGCUCAAUCAACGAAGUGGAACGAGCCCCGAGGAGGACGUGGCUUCGGUAAUUGGCAAGCGACGAAGGUUGACAAAUGGACAGACCGUGUUUCCUGCGAGCAGAAGGGUCAAAGGGACGAGCAAGAUCGGCAUAGAGGAGAGUUUGAGUAAGACGAACAACGGGUCCGAGUCUGGUUCGACUGGCGACGAAAGGAAUUCGGAGAGGAAGGAUGUAGAGGAUGCGGUGGAUGAUCGGGGAUUUCGGCUAACGAGAGUUGACGCGAAUCGAACGUUGACAGAGGAUACGGUUUCGGAAACUGUGACAGCGGAGAGCGUCACGAUGCAGCAGAGAGUCUCGCCUGUCGCGAUCUCGUUCGCUCCGUCCGUGGAGGAAACGAUCGUGUCAGUUACUCCUCAGACACCUGCGAAUGCCACGGAUGAGGAUGGGGUUAACCUGACGGAAGUGGUCACUCCGCCGAGUGGUAAUACGAACGUUUAUACCAAAGACGAGAACGUUUAUACCGGGUUCGGAAGUGAAAGCGACAGUGUUCUUCCAGCGAGAAAUGGAAAUGGCGCGAGUGGUGCGGAUAAUGCUACCGUGAACGGAAGUGGUUCGCCGACCGUGACAGUGACCGCGACGCCCGACGAAACGAUCGCGUCCAAAGAGACGAGUACCACGCCGAUGUCGGCGCCGGUUUUUCCGGUUACACCCAGAAUAAUCGCGGAAACUACUCGAGCGCCACUCGAGAGGGAAACUUUCACCACGAAGUCGAGCGAGUCCGCGGAUAUCAAAACCACCGAAAUGUACAAACAGAUGUCUAAAACGUCUAACUUAGACCCGUCGGAAAUUCAGAAGAUGUACAGGUCGAAGGACGCGACAACUGGCGCGACGGUUUCGUUCGCAACGACGGAAGCUCCAACCACCGCGUCGACGAGUACGGUUCAAAUAGAAAUCUCUACCAUUCCGGAAAGCCAAAGUACGAAAAUACCGAGUUCGGGAGCAACGGCUGACCGAUCUUCGGAUUCGACUACGCGGGAUGUUCAGUCGGACACUUCCACCGACAGCUCGACAGGAUCUGGGAAACGAGUGUCAGGUGAAAGGUCGCCGGAAGUCAGAGGUCGAAACCUGUCUGACAAGUCUCAGGGCACGUCGCCCGACAAAGACGACGUGCUGCCUAUAAUGCAUUUGUACAACACUUCGGACAUUUUCAACAGCACCGGCCCGACGAACUCGUUCUCCCGCGGCACGGAACGACGAGCAGAGCUUCCGGCGAGCACGAGGCAACCGGCGACUGCGAGAACGGCCGAGAAAACCAACGACACGGUUACCACCGCGAAGAGUGCUACGAACGAAACGAAUUCAACCCGUGUUCCAGAAACUACGAGAAGGGAUAAUAAUAAUAAACAGGAGGAGAGUCGUGAAACGACCACGCAGGUGCCACCGACGGGUCCGGGCAGAGGAUCCACGAACGGAAGUGGCAACAAUCGAACGAGACACAGGCCGCCUGCCUAUCACCACAUGAUCCUGCCGGAGUACAACACCUCGGUGUAUCCAAGCGAACUGAACAGGACGUUCUUCGAGAAUGAAUUGAUAUCGGUCAGUCCGAGGGAGUCGGUGAAUAUCAGUGAAGUGAUAUCGAAGAGACACGACGGGGACGCCAUUGCAUCCCAGGAGACGGUCGCCGUGGUCAGCUACAUCCUGGCGACGCUGGUUGUCUUUCCGAUCGCCGUUGGCGUUGGUCUAAUCUUGAGAAGACUGAUACUUAGGAAUCGCAAGGUGCUGGAGGAGUCGGACACGUCGUCGGAAAUCAGUUGCCGGAAGGACGCGUUGAACCUUGAAAAUGGCGACUUCAAAACAUCCAUCGAGAAGGCGAUCACGAAGCUUCCGAGGAUACAGCACUUGUGUCACGAAGCGGAGAAACCACCGCCUCCGUCGUCGCAAGAAUCCAGAUGGGAGUUUCCUAGAGAUAAGCUUAGGUUACAGACGGUCCUCGGCCAAGGAAACUUCGGCCAGGUUUGGAAGGCUGAGGCAGACGAUUUGACUGGCCAUCAAGGAACGACUCGUUUAGUGGCCGUGAAAACCGUCAAGGAAGGUGCUUCCGAACGAGAGAAGGAGGAUCUAGUUCGAGAACUAAAAAUUAUGCAGCAACUUGGCAGUCAUCCGAACGUCGUCACUCUUUUAGGUUGUUGCACGGAACAAGAGCCUCAUUACCUUAUACUGGAGUACGUGAUGUACGGGAAAUUGUUGGCGUACCUGCGCGAUCAUCGCACCAGGCAGGAUUUCUACAAUUUCAGUGAAGACUCGGCCGCGCUCACCUCCAGAGACCUCACUGUUUUCGGAUACUGCGUGGCGAGGGGCAUGGAGUAUCUUGCGUCGAAAAAGAUCAUCCAUCGCGAUCUCGCCGCGAGGAACGUGCUGGUGGACCAUAACAAGCUGUGCAAGAUUGCCGACUUCGGUAUGUCCAGAUUCGCGAACGAAGACGGAGAAGUGAUCGAGACGAGACACGGGAGGAACGCGUUGCCGAUAAGGUGGAUGGCGCCCGAGUCGUUGAUCUACUCCCUCUUCACAACUAAGACCGACGUUUGGAGCUUCGGCAUCCUGAUGUGGGAGAUCGUCACUCUAGGUUCGACACCGUACCCGGACAUGACGGCACGGGAAGUGAUGCGGAACGUGCAGAACGGUUACCGACUGGAGAGGCCUUCGCACUGCCGAAGCGAGCUGUUCAGAGUGAUAUCCCGAUGUUGGCACGCCGAUCCCGACCGCAGGCCAGAGUUCCAGACUCUGAGGAGAGAUCUGGCGCAGUUACUCGAGGAUAAUAUGAACGGACAUUACGUAGAUCUCGAGAGUUUCGCAUCAGAAUGUACCGAUUGAAACAUGCGCUCGAUGAAGAAUCUCUGUUUGAAAUCCUUUGCUCGUUUGAAAUCGUUUGCUCCUCUCUAAAGCACACGAUCGGAUCAUUGAUCUGCGAAUGUAAUCGACUUGUGUCCAAUAAACGAUCGGAUGGACAAUUUCAAGAUUUCGAAAUCUUCAAGUACGCGCGAGUUUCGAUCGACACCUGAUCGAUGCUCAUGAAACGCGUGAAUGCGAGCAGUGCGAUGUUUGUCUUCUUUUUCUUUGUACGAGGUAACCUGUGCGGUUUCGCGGAGAGGAACGAGAGGAUUAUGUCAGUAGAGUGGUUUCUUCUUACGAUAUUUGCCAGCUCGGAACUGGAAACGCGCGUGUGAGACACGAGCAGAAAAAAAAAGAAAAAAGAAAAGCUUCUGAUGUUUUCUAGAAACUGUAUUGUGUAUGGAAUGUUGAAGAAUGUGAGAGUCAGAAUCCGUCCAAUAUACGUGGUUUUAGUAUUUCACAUUGGUGUCACUAUGUAUGUACUUGGAACGAAAAAUUUUGCGAGGAGAAGAAACAAUUUUCGAUGCUUACGCAGAUUCUGUAAAUAUUACGGUGCAACGCAGCCUAACUUGUUUAAUUUAAAUACUUUGACUCAAGUGCAUACAGAUUUCGAGGAAAAAGUGCCGAUACGACGUGAAAGGCGAAGAAUAUUUUGCAUCGAACGUUAAAUUGGAUAGCAGCGAACGCGAGAACGAUGAUUUAGCAAUGCAAAUAUACAAACGUAAAGCAACGUGCAGUCUGUACAGUUAGGAUUAACAGGCCGUUCUUCACCGUUUGUUUAUUCGAACGCUGAGGAAAUGUCUAAGAUUCUCUAUCGUUUAGUAUUACUAUAGUGUAUCUAGCGUUAUUUUCUUCAAUUAAUGCGCCAGUCGAAGAUUCGUUAUACAUAUCGGUGUUUCUCCUUUAACAUAGCGAUUUCACGUGCCUCGUAAGAUAAAACACGA